AUGAGCGUGGCGCGUAAUCUUCAGCAACACGCAAAGCGACUCAUCGCUCACACUAGUAGGCCUCGAUUCUUCUGCACCUACAGAAACGGAACCCUAUCGUCUUCGGCGACGAACCAAACUCUUCAGAGUCGGAUUGAAGCGGCUUUAGAUCAGAAAGCAGCAAUCACUACGGUGCUUGAGCAAUGGCGACAACAACAGGGGAAUCAGUUAAACCCUUCGUUGGUGAGAGGAGUCUUCGAGAAGCUCCACGAUUCCAAAAGAUAUAGUCAAGCCCUAGAAGUAUCAAACUGGAUGGUCAAUAACAAGAUCUGUAAUCACCUCCCUGAAGAUUUGGCAGUUCGAUUUCAUCUAAUCGAGAACGUUUUGGGAUUGGAAGAAGCAGAGAAGUUCUUUAAGAGCAUCCCCGAGAAUCUGAAAGGUGAAUCUAUCUACACUGCUCUGUUAAAGAGUUACGCAAAAUCGGGUGAGAAAUCUCUGAGUAAAGCCGAAUAUACUUUCAAGAUGAUGAGGAAGCUAGGUAUGCUCUUGAGACCUUCACCUUACAACUCGAUGGUCUCACUAUACAGCUCUCUCAGAAACCGAGUUAAGGUCGAUGUGAUUUUGCAAGAGAUGAAGGAGAACAACAUUGAGCUAGAUAGUCUCACCGUGAACAACGCUUUGCGAGUAUACGCUGCUGUUUCUGAUGUUGCGACAAUGGACAAGUUUCUAGCUGAUUGGAAUGAAACUACAACGCUUGAGUGGCUCACAACGCUUGACAUGGCAAAGUCUUAUGAGGGACUCAUGAGGCUAUAUGGUGAAGCAGGAGAGAGAGAAGAUGUGUACCGUAUAUGGGACUUGUACAAGAAGACAAGAAACAAGAGCAAUGAGGGAUUUAGAGCUUUGAUUGGUUCUCUCUUGAAGCUUGAUGAUAUAAACGGAGCAGAGGAGAUAUACUACAAUGAGUGGGAGUGCUCAGGUCUUGAGUUCGAUCUCCGAGUACCAACUAUGUUGAUCUCUGGCUAUCGCGCAAAGGGAAUGGUGAAGAAGGCAGAUAACCUAUUGUACAAGACUAUGAAGAAUAAAAGAUUAGCUAAACCGAUUAAUCCAUUGAUUGAGGACUGGCUGAAAAAUAGAAACCAAGUGAAGCCGUCCAACUUGAGAGACCUUAUCAAGAAUCUGUGUGACUCAAAUCAGUUAUCUAAAGCACUUGAGGUAUCAUCAUUGCUGUGUGAUAGAAAGAGUUUUAAUGUUUUUCCAGAAGAUUAUGUUACUAGGCUUCAUCUGUGUGAGAAAGUGUUGGGUUUGGAAGAAGCAGAGAAGUUUUUCGAAAGAAGCAUCCCGGGGAACAUGAAGGAUUACUCUGUCUACAACACUCUCUUAACCUCGUACACAACAUCUGACAAAAGGCUAGAAAAAGCGGAAGGCGUUUUCGAGAAGAUGAGAGAGCUAGGUUUCCUCUCAAUUCUCUCCCCAUACAACUCGAUGAUAUCUCUCUAUAUUCAGCUUGGAAAGCAAGGUAGGGCCAAGAAUCUUCUACGGGUGAUGAAGGAGAAGAAUAUAGAGCAUGACAGUGUCACGAUGAACAACGUUUUGAGGAUGUACGCAGGUGAAGAUGACGUAAAGACAAUGGAAACGUAUAAGAGAGAGUGGGUUGAUGAUGAUGAACAAACCAAGCUUGAAAUGAGGACGACUGGUGAGAUGGCAAAGGCUUACGAAAGAGCAGGGCUACUACUAAAGGCGAUGGAGAUAACUAGGAGUAAAAGAGAAGUGCAGCGUCUAUGGAAUGAGUACAGGAAGAAGGCAAAGGAAGAGGUUGAAAGAGAUACGCUUCGCCCUUGGGUGAAGAGAGAAAAGAUUAAGAAUGAAGAAUAUCGAAAUGUGAUUAGAUCUCUGUUGAAGCUUGGCGAUGUACAAGGAGCAGAAGCGAUAUAUGGAGAAUGGGAACCACAAGGACCCGAGUUCGAUAACGGAAUACCAUGUCUGCUAAUUUCUCGUUAUUACGAGGAAGAUGAUGAAGCCAAGGCAAAGGAGGUAGAGUAUUCGAGUAGACAGAAGCGGAGGCGGAUGCAGUUUAAGCUGUUCAAGGAAGACUUGAUCGGUUACGCGGCAGGGGUUGUCGUGUCUACGGUUCCUACGAUCGUAGUAUUGUUUUUUCUACACCAUCCCGACUACUUUUUUAAGUUCAUCUUAAGUACCGUUCUGUUUGCAUUGUUGAACUAUUUAACAGCCUAA